AUGACAGAAAUCGAACAUUGUGAUACUCAUUUAAAAUCAUCGAUCGUGCGUAAAAGAAUUAUUUGUAAUGAUAUUGAAAGUCAGAAACGAAGAAAAUUAUCUCAGUUUUUGGAUAAUGGUACAACAAAUUUUUUUGACGAUGUCAUGUCUAAUUCGAUCGAAAAAUGGAUGGUUUUAUUCUUACUUCCGAAUAAUGAUGAUUCUGAAGAGAUUUAUAAAAUUUCACUCGAUAUCCUUCGAGAUACAAUCGAUUGUAUCGAGACAUUUACUGAAUUUAAUCGAUGUACUGAUUUUAUUAACAGUCUGAAUAAUACAACCAUAUAUUUAAUUAUCUCGAAAGAAAUAAAUGAAGAAGAAAGUAUUAUUCUUGAAAACUGUUCAUCAAUCUUCUCAAUAUAUCUUUUAAAUCAAAAUAAUUUACGUGAGCAACAAUGGAUUAAAUCAUGUAAAAAAUUCAAAGAAACAUACAUUAAUAUAAAAGCCAUUUGUGAUAAUAUAAAACAGCAUAUUCACCUAUUCAGACAAAAUAUAGUUUCUAUUAAUGUAACUUCGCAAGAAUCUACUACUAAACUCGAUGAACUUGAUCCAUCAUUUAUGUAUUCGCAAUUGUUAAAAGAAAUUCUUCUUGAGAUGCCAUAUGAUGAUAAUGAAAAAACAAAUUUCGUAAAUUUCUGUAGUCAAAAGUAUACUAAUAAUGAAUUACAAAUGAAAAUAGUUACUGAAUUUGAUCAACAAUAUGAUAAAACAUCUCCAAUAUGGUGGUAUACUCGUGAAUGUUUUCUCUAUUGGAUGUUGAAUACAGCUUUACGAACACAUGAUACAGACACAAUACUAAAAAUGGGAUUUUUUCUUCGUGAUCUUCAUAGUCAAAUUGAACUGUUAUAUUUACAAAAUAAACCAUACAAUUCAUUAGUUCUUUUUCGAGGACAAGGUAUGUCUCCUGUACAAUUCGAUAAAGUGAAUAAAACUAAAGGUGGACUUUUAUCAUUUAAUAAUUUUUUAUCAAUUACUACAGAUCGGCAAGUUGCCGAUUUGUAUGCUGAUAGUGCUCGACAAAAUUCAAAUUUAAUUGGAGUUAUUUUUAUAGUCGAAAUCGAUCCAUCAGUUACAACAACUUCGUUCGCUUUUGUACGAGAUUAUAGUUAUUAUGGAAAUACUGAAGAAGAAUUAAUUAUGUCAAUGCAUAGCGUUUUUCGAAUUGGUGAGUUCGAACAAAUAGAUGAUCGACUCUGGCAAAUUAAAUUGAAACUGACAAGUGAUAAUGAUCCACUAUUAAAAAGACUAACAGAAUAUAUACGACAUGAUAUUGAAGGAGAAACACCACUAUAUCGGAUGAAUAAUUUAAUGAUGAUUAUGGGACAUUAUGAUAAAGCAGAAGAAAUUAUACGGAAAUUACAAAGUACAAUAUCAGAAAAAAAUGGACAAUUAAUUGCUGAAUUAAAUUAUCAAAUGGGAAAUGUGUUGUUAGCAAAGGGUGAAUUAAAUAAUGCACUCGAUUGCUUGAAGAAAACACUUGAAUUUGAGCAGAAUAUAUUCUUACCAAAUCAUCCAACAUUAUCAUAUACAUAUAGAAGUAUUGGCAGUGUUUAUGAUUCAAUGGGAGAUUAUAAACAAUCUCUUAUAUAUUAUGAAAAAACACUUGAAAUUCAAGAAAAUUUACUUUCAUGGAAUCCUUCAGAAUUAUCUGAUACUUAUACACACAUAGGCCUUCUAUAUGAACACAUGGGUGAAUACUCGAAAGCAAUUCUAUAUCUUGAAAAGAAUCUCGAAAAUAAGAUAAAAAUUUUACCAGAUAUUCAUCCUGUUAUAGCUACCAGUUACAUUAAUAUUGGUUCUGUAUAUAAUUCAAUGGGAGAAUAUCUAAAAGCACUUUCAGCUUAUGAAAAUGCACUGCAAAUAGAAGAGAAAUCUCUUUUAAUAGAUCAUCCUAAAUUAGCUGAUACAUAUAAUAAUAUUGGAUCAAUACAUAAUCAAAUGGGAGCAUAUUCAACAGCAUUAUCAUUUUUUGAAAAGUCAAUUGAAAUUAAAAAAAAAUCUUUAUCAUCAAUACAUCCUGAUUUGAGUGCAACUUAUAGCAAUAUUGGACUUGUCUAUCAAUCCAUGGGAGAGUAUACAAAAGCCCUUUCAUAUUAUGAGAAAACAUUGUCAAUCGACCAACAAUCUCUAGCGCCCGAGCAUCCAACAGUAGCUGUUACCUAUCUUAAUAUUGGCUCUGUUUAUACAUUAAUGGGAGAAUAUUCAAAUGCAGUAAAAUAUUAUGAAAAAGCAAUAAAAAUUCAGGAAAAGUCAUUAUCACUUGAUCAUCCUGCAUUAGCCACGACCUAUAACAAUCUUGGUUUGAUUUAUAAUAAAAUGGCAAACUAUUCAACAUCACUUAUCUAUCAUGAGAAAGCACUUCAAAUACAGUUAAAAUUAAUUCCAAUGAAUUAUUCAUCAUUAACAAUAACUUAUAAUAAUCUUGGACACUUGAAUGAUACACUUGGAAACUAUUCUCAAGCCCUAUCAUACUAUGAUAAAACACUUGAUAUGCAACAGAAAUCAUUUCCACCUGAUCAUCCUGAUUUUGCAAAUACAUAUAACAAUAUAGCUUCAACAAAUAAUUCAUUAGGAGAGUUUGAUCAAGCACUUGAAUAUUACAAAAAGGCACUUGAAAUUCAAGAAAAACUAGAAUCACCCAAUCCACAAUUUUUAGCUGAUAUAUACUCUAAUAUUGGUUUAGUUUAUCAAUCAUUAGACGAACAUCUAAUGGCAUUACCCUAUUAUGAAAAAACACUAGAAUUACAACAACAAUGUCUUUCCAAUGAACAUCCAUCUUUAGCUAUUACCUACAAUAAUAUUGCUUCAGUUCAUAAUUUAAUAGAAGAACAUUCAAAAUCACUUGCAUACUAUGAAAAAGCACUUGAAAUUCAACAAAAAUCAUUACCAUCAGUUCAUCCUGAUUUAGCAACUACUUAUAGCAAUAUUGGUAUGGUAUAUCAAUCAAUAGGAGAAUAUCAUAAAGCAUUGUCAUAUCUUGAAAAAGCACUUAAAAUAGAACAUGAAUGUCUUCCACCGAAUCAUCCUUCGUUCAAUAUUACUCAUUACAAUAUAGCUGAAGCAUUUGAAUAUCUUCAUCGAUAUGAAGAAGCUAUUGAACAUGCACAAUUAGCUGUCAAUAUUGCACGUCAAUCUUUUGAAUCUGAUCAUAAUGAAGUCUUAGAAAACGAAGCACUUCUUCAUCGUAUACAACAGAAACUAAAAGAAUCAUCAUCUACCGAUGUUUAG